GAAUUAGCAUAUUGACAGUUAUUAUUUUAACUCAGUCAUGCUUAAAGUGAUGUCUUCGGAUUUAGUGUUUCUUGUGUUGUGUGUUGUGAUUUAGUGUUAUAACACGUAUAAAUAAUAGAGAAAAUUCAGUGGCAAAACAUUCGGCGAGGGAGUGGAGUUGAGUGGUGAAGAGGAGGAGAAAGAGAGAGAGAAAGGCAUUUUCCUCUCCCCGGUGUCGCUUGCUGGCUGCUCAGACUCUCCAAGGAAGUCGUGAUGGAGACACGAUGAAAUGGAUGGGGUUGACUCGGAGGUGCUGGAGUUCCGGACGUUUACAAAACGGUAAAUGUGCUGUAUUGGGAGUCAGGAAGCGUCUUUUAUUACAAAAUAUGCGAGGAUGUGGAGCACUACAUCAAGGGUAACUUCCAGCCUGUUCCCUCUGUUUCUCUUUUUUCUUCUUGUCCGUGGUUUUUCUUUAUGGCCACAUUGUUUACAAAAUGUUGAAAUCGGCACUCGUAUGUCGUGAAGGAUAUUCGUGGAUGCUUGUUUUGUUCCUGGCGGUGGCGUAAGGUGUGAGAAAAAGAGCCACAAACCCAACCAAACCCGACAUUCUUUGAUUCAUUGGUAGACAUUAUGGCACAAUAUUUACACUUAAACGUUGUAUGGCAGACGCCAGUGCGCAUGCGCAGUGGUGGACGGCGUUAGCUCGCCGCCUGCCAGCCAGUCGUCCUGCGAUGUAGGCGCACAAGUGGAGGAGAAGAAGGCAAACAUAGGAGCGUGGACAUGGCGACAAAGUGUCAACAGCGUGGCGUGAAUAAGAUUUCACUGAGCCGGCCAUAAAGUGUAAAUAAUGUCCGGGACAGCUGAUGCAGACGGUGUAGAGGGAGCAGUCUCCAAAGUGCAAGUGAAGAGGGAGAUCAAGACCAUCGUGGAGAAUUUGGAAACCAUCCUGGGGGACCUCAAGGAUGUGGCCAAGGAGCUCAAAGAGGAAAUUGCGCAGAGGAUCAUUUAUUUGGACACCACGCAAGCUGAAAAGAUGCCUCGAGGGGCCGUUGCUAUCAAUGCCAGCGUCGUCCACGACAUCGACACGCUGACGUGCGAUCUGCAGCUGGAGGAGGACGGUCUGACGGACAGCUCAAAGACGGACACACUCAACUCCAGCUCCAGUUCCACCGCCACCACCACCACUACAGCAUCUAGUCUGGAGAAAAUGAAGCUUUUCGCCGACGACUGCCUCUUCAAACGCGCCCCGCUGCCCACCAUCCAUUGCGGGGUGCUGACCGUUCACAAGAAGGCACACCCACCCUUGCCACCACCCAGACUUACCUCUGUGAGAGCCGAGGAUCACAACGGGAAGAGUCUGCCUCACCCGACGUUAGUGUUGUCAGGGAAUCCAUCCAAAGCUAACGGAUCACUUUUGAAGAAUGGUGGUGUUUUCCCCUUGAAGCCAAACCGGGACUUAUUCUCCCCUACGUCAUGUUUCAUUACUAAUGACGGCAGCAUACCAGAAUCAGGUCUGGUGCCCACGCUGCCCAGACCAAUGCCUCUGCUCCACCACGAAAAGAACAAAUGCCCCAAGGCCCCCAGCAGGGAGCCCCGCGAGAGGGUGCGUUUCAGUGAGAAGGUCCAGUACCACGGCUACUGUCCGGACUGUGACCUCCAGUACGAUGUGGAUGACUCAGAGCUGCACUUGCAAGCCGAGCUGAACGACAUGAGGCUGAGCCCUUUGCACUGUUGCUCGUCUUCCUCCCCUCCUCCUCUCCCCCAUGAACUGGAGAACGGCGGCGUUUUGGUCCACCACAGUUUUCCACCAAAGGCAAACACCCCUUCUCCUCCUCCUAUACCUUGCGUACCUCCUCACCCCGCUUCCCUCAAACCUCAGAAAACCAUCCUGCGUAAAUCCACCACGACCACAGUUUGACGACGAGCCCCCCGUGUUCUAUGUAAUUCCAACAAACCUGAAUCAUUCGUAGUGUUUUCUACUUAGCCAGCGCCUUCUUGUCCAGUCCCAAUUUUUCGGAUUAUUCAUACAGAGAGAGGCCGGAAAAUGGGAGACAAAAGGAAGCGGAGUGGCAUCACCAUGGGCUCCGAGACGUAUGCGACAGAUUUGGACAAAGCGGUCCCAUCUGAGACCCUUCAGCUACACCUGCAAGCAGGAUGCUUGUUUGGGCGGCGGUGAGGAAGCCAAGCAUCAAUCUUAUUUUUGAAGACUGGCGACCAACAGGAGAUAAAUCAAGGUUUUGAAUUUGGAGCACUUAAAACAACAACAACACUUUCAGGCACAGUGAAAUGAGGGAGGACAGACGGGGGUUGUAAGCAUUUUUGUGCAUGUGCAGCAAGUGUGCAGAAAGGAGGCUGAAGUACACAUUGUGUUGUAGCACUCACAAAGUGAUAACCACCCUGUUCAUUUACAGUGAGAGCUGAGUUGUUAAGAUCCGUACUAAUUUGAAAUGAUGUGGGAAAAAAAGCUACAGUAUGUUGGUCCAUUGUUUGCAAUAAGUCACAAUAUUUCAUCAGUCUUUGAAUAUGAGUUUGUGGCGCCCCCUGUGGGUUGUGCUCAAAAUGUUAGGGCAGGGCUGUUGUUUCCUUGUCCUGCGGCACAUUCUAAAAUUAUAAUUUAAUAAGAAAUCUAAAAAAAAAAAAAAAGGAAAAAUCAGCAGUAAUUUUACAAGAAUAAACAUCAAAAUAUUAAAAGAACAAAGUUGUAAUCUAAUGGGAAAAAGUACAUUUUAUGAGAAUAAUGUCGUAAUAUAAGGAAAAAUAAUGGCAUUUUAGUAGCAUAAAGUUGAAAUAUAAUAUCGGAAAAUGCUUUUUAAAAAAAGUUUUAAUAUUUUGAGAAACAAAACAAUGAAUGCAAAUGUAAUUUUUCUAAAAUUAGGUUGCGGAAAAAGUAAUGUUACAAGAAUAAAGUCAUAGAAAAUCAUAAUUACGAGAACAUUUUUUAUAAGAAUAACGUUUUAAAUUUAAAAGAACAGCAGAAGUGGGAAAAACAGCUGUAAGAAUAAGUCAAAAUAUUAAGAGAAAAAAAAGAAAAAUUGUUCCAAGUUUACAAUGACAAACUCGUAACAUCAUGGGGAAAAAUAAAUACAAUUAAGUCAUUUUAGUAGCAUUGAGUUGCAGUAUUCAAGAAAAAAGAUGUCAUUUUUACAUUGUAGUAUGAGAAACAAACAAAACAAAAAGUUGUCAGGUUUGGAAAAUGUAUAAAAAAGUUAUAUUAUGGGAAUAAAGUCAUCCAAUAUAUAACAACAGCAAAAAUGGGAAGAAAAGAGCAAAGAGCCAAGUUGAUACUAAUGAUAGGCUUUCUCACCUACAUCACAAAGCUGAGAUGCUGUUGUUUUCUUUCAAUAUUAACUUCUUAGCAUAAGAUAUCAAAGUGGCCCUCGCAUCCUUUCAUUUUUCACUAUGUGGCCCUCACUUGUUUCUCUUGAACGGACCAGAACAUUAUUUUGAAUGACAAAAAUACAAAAACUAAAGCUGAAAUUCCUUGUCACGUUAAAAAAAACAAAAAAAAAACAAUAUCCAGGUGGGCCUCAGGUUACGUACCAGUUACGUUGCUAGACUGUGAUGUGAGUCAUUUUCGUGUAAAUCGGUCACUCACAAUGUACACAGAACACAUGAAGGACAUAAAUAACAGUAGUAAACAGUAAUAAAAACUAAAAGUCAAAGCACUGGCAAGCUUUCAAUCUCAAUAAUAAAAACACUACACUGCCUGAUUAUCACUGUCGCUUCCAGAGUUUUGUGAUUUCUCACUUUGCAGAUGUUGUUUUGUCGUGGUUCAGCGAUGGUUGACCUUUCUUACAGCGUACGGGAAGACGUUACAACACAAUCUUGAUUCUUAAUGAUGGUCGUGAGAGCCAAGCAGUUGAAACAAGUGGGGCCGUUAUUGCCCAAAAUUAAGUUUAUCAUUUAUGGUAGCACGUACGUAACCACUAAACGAUGAACAGUAACACGGAACACUGUAAACCGAGGACCCCCUGUAUGAUUGAUUUUUUUUUUUUUAACAUAUUUUAACUAGAACCCUACUCAUUUUUCAUCAUUUUUGACACAAUAAGGUCAAAGAUCAGAUGAACCUAUCAGACUACAUGUUAGCACUCGUCUCAACCCAUCUCUUUUGUUUUAAUCAAAAUUUGAAGGCAAGAACGCUAUACAUUUGAAAACAGUAUAGAAACGUAGCUGAGGUCAAAGGUAGUUCUCAUUUACAAGCAAGAACGAUAUUGAUUUUGAUGACAAUUUUAAUUCAAACACUAUGUUUAUUAUACAUUUAUUAUAUAGUAUAUUAUAUCAUGUAUUAUUGUUCUAAAUGUAUUUACUAUUUAGUUAUGAAAAAAACUUACUGUGAAAGUCGUAGGGAUUUGAAUUGCUUUUACAAAAGCAAGAACCCUUUUGAUGGUUUCUGAUGAUGCCGUACUGGUCAAAUGUCAUACUUGGGCACUCAUUAUUCAAUAUCAAAGCACUAAUCCUAUAGAUUUUAACCCCAGAGGUCCAAAGGUAGACCUGUUACCUUCAUCUUCAAAAUUCACAUGGAUUUUUCCGUCUUCUACUGUUAUGUCAUCGUGUUGCGAAUCUACAGUAUGAUCACUUUGUGGGGACUAAACACUGCCAUCGCCACCACUUUGCUAUUUUUAUAAAGCGAUAUAAUUAACUAUUCAAUGGAGACGGGGUACGCUUGGUAACAGGAGGACAUUUUUACUCUGUGCAGAUAAGAAUUCAUAGUUCCUGGGGGGUCUCUGCUAAUUGACGUCUGGUAAAAUAUGAUGUCCUGCACCGUAUGCACGUUACACAUACAAUAAGAGGAAGAUGAGUGAUGGUAGCUGCUUUGUGUCUAAACAAUAUGUCCAUCAUAAAUGUCACUCUGAUGUGCCAGGCAAGCCACUGUGUGUUUUCUUACCUUCUGCCCCGCCCCCGCACAGAUAAAACAAUGCUGAUUCUCAAGGAAGUAAUAAUUUGCAUCAAAUUUUUCUUUGUAUGCAAAUCUACAUGAGCAUGUUUGAUAUCUCUAUAUUUCAAGCAUUUUUUCUACAGAGACUUUUAACAUUUGAAUAGAGGAUAUUUUUGAUAUGUCUGAUGACUGAGACGUGUCACUGCGCCCCGGAAUCAGCGGGAGGAGAGACGCUUUACAGAGAGAGAAUGAAAGUGGAGAACAUCAAUGGGUUGGGGAAAGAAGUUGUCGUGCUUUGCAAGAAUGGCGAACGUGAGCGCUCGCUUUGUCCUUCCUUCACUGACUUUUUCUAUGCAUUUGACGCCGAAAGGCCACUCUGCUCCACACACACACACACACUGCCAACAUGACCGAUGACAUGUUCUCAUUUUGUCGGUACAGUGGAACCUUUUAAAUCAAACAGUUAAGAAAAAGACUGCCGUCACUUUAAUGACUUCAACCCGAGAUCUCUUCGUACCUCGAGAGUUCAGCCAGCAUCUAAACUAAAUCUGACGCGUGUGAUGCUUUUUCUUGAGUUUUUUAUGGGAUUUUAUGCGACACUUAUUUAAAAAAAAAAAAAGGAUUACAGUUACUAUAGAUGUCAGAAUAGCACAAAAGACCUCACUCAUCAUACCUCAUAAGGUCUCAGUUCAUCCAGCAUCAAAGGAUUCAGUCUUAAAUGUGUGUUUACUUUUUUCUGUGGCUUUUUACCACCAAAACCACUUUUUACCGUCACUCUUAACACAUGAGAUGUUGGUCCAGCCAGCAUCGAAGGAUUAAUGUGUAUGAUGUGCUUUUUCUUUGGAUUUUUUGCAACCGCUAUCACUCAAAUGCGCAAGAUCUCCUCGUAGACCUCAGUUUACAUUCCCUCUCCGUAUGUUUUGCUUUCUCUUUGGCUUUUUGUGGCAUUUGUUUGCGACGCUUUUUCUCCAAAGAAAAGAACACCAAAAGUAAACAGUGGAGGGUUUUGUUUGUACAUUUUAGAGUGUUUUUUACACUUGUUUGUUUACACCUUUGCAUUACAUCUUCGUCAUUAAAGUUGAGUGUAGAAUUUUUUUUUAACGUCCUAAUUGUAGCUUAGUUUUACAUUUGUAUGACAGUUAAGAAUAUUAAAAAUGUUACAUCGGAAUACAAACAAACAAUAAUAUUGUUUGUUCCAGUUUUACUCUGGAACAGACGUUAUCUCGAAUGGGAAUAAUCGCUUCUGAAUCCAAACAAAUAAAACAUUGUUUUUGAUUUGAGGGGUUCCACUGUAUAAUGCCAUUUACAAAAAUGAAGGAUAUUAAUACGACUCUGUGAUCAAAAGUCCAUAGUUCAGUUUGGAUCAGUAAAGAUAAAAAGAACAUGUAAAAAAUGAGGUACAUGCUAUAAUUUUCCCACUGGCAUGUCUUGUAAAAGACAUCUGUUGCUAUUUUUGCUGUAUGUGUCAACAAACCGAUGGAGAAGAGAUGAUGAGAAGUAAACACUUUGCACUUCAA